AAAAGAAAAAAAUCAAUAACAGAAAUUGGAGAUGAUUAUGAAGCAAAACUCUUGAUCGAUCUUGUUCAAAAUGGUUUUAAUACGAAUAUUACUAAGACAAAAAUCAGAAAAAAUGGAAAAACAUUAUUUGUAGGAGAUGGAGGAAUUGAUUUAUUUGGAA